AUGCCCAGCAAAUCGCGUUGGCUGCACGGCUUGCCGUCCGAUUCUUCCGCACACUCUCGGGCUCCCUCUAUCCCUAUGACGAGCAUCCUCGCCUCAGAAGAUAGCAACGCCGCGGCAGAUGGCCUUGCGUUUCAGGGCAGACGUGGGCUGGUUGGCUAUGCCGAACAUGCCUCUGCUUUUUCGUUGGUAUUCACCACCACGGCUCUGACUCGCAGCGGCGGUGCACAUCAUCGCGUCUGCCGGACCACUCAGCAGUACGAGCAGCCCGGCCGUGGGCAGGAGCCAGAUGUUGGCAGGGUCUGUAAGCACUCCGAUCGCUCGCUGGGAUGCACGCUUGCUUGCUGCUUGUGCUCAUCGGCAUCCGCAACAACUUUGCCCGGCGUAGCUUAA